AUACUGUUUUUCUUUCCCUUUUUUGUUUUUGAGUCCUGCUCCUUCUCUGCUGCUGUUCUUCUUCUUGUCGACGUCAGCGUCCGCAUUCCUCCCCUGUGAUUUAAAACGGCUGGGAUUAGUUUCAGCGAAACUAGCUACCCUUAGCUCACUGUGUUGGGUUGUUUAUUUGUCUAACAACGAGAAGAGUGGAGAAAAAAGGAGGAAAGGGGAGGCUGACACGCGUGAGGACACCAGUGGGGGUAUUUGUCUGCUGUCCUGGACGCUGACAGGGUUGGUAGAUCUGGAUCCAGAGCCGGUGACCACAGUGGAGGGAGGAAGCCGGGAUGGGCCCAUCUCAGGCAGACCGCACGACGAUCUCUGCCGGCUCCGCAGCUCCUCACUGGAAAUUAAAGAAAAAGAAAUCAGAGAGAAGGGGUCAGAGAUCCUCCGGGAACAGCUAGACGCAGCAAAGAGGGAACUGAAACUAAAAGACAAGGAGUGCGAACGUCUGUCGCAAGUCAGGAAUCAGCUGGAGCAGGAGCUGGAGGAGCUGACUGCCAGUUUGUUUGAGGAAGCCCAUAAGAUGGUACGUGAAGCUAAUGUGAAACAAGCAGGGGCAGAGAAACAACUGAAGGAGGCUCAAGGAAAGAUUGAUGUUCUGCAAGCGGAGGUGACUGCGCUCAAAACUCUGGUGUUGACGUCCACGCCUUCCUCACCCAACCGGCAGCUGCAUCCCCAGCUGCAGUCAUCGGGCUCCAGGGGUUCCUACAGGCGCGGUGCGGGCCACAUCCGCACCAACAGCGUCGGCGCAGCCUUCCAGACCUCAUCUGGAAAACCGGAACCUUCUACUGUUUCCAUUCAGUCUGUGGCUACAGAGGAGCGAGAGAUGGACUCGGUUCUGUUUGCAGAGUUUUUGUUGUGGAGGGAACAUCCGAGUCUGGACCGAUCCUCCGCCUUCCUGAGUCGAGUUUACCGCGAAGACAUCGGGCCGUGUCUCUCCUUCACGAGAUCAGAGCUGUCCCAGCUGGUCCAGAGAGCAGUGGAAAACAACUCCCUGACCAUCGAACCUGUGGCCAUGUCGGCUUUACCGCUGGUGAAAGCAUCGGCUUUAGAGUGUGGAGGUCCUAAAAAAUGUGCUUUGAGCGGCUUGUCACGAGUCUGCCAACAUCGCAUCAAGCUGGGAGACAAGGGGAGCUACUAUUACAUCUCUCCAUCAAGCCGAGCUCGGAUCACGGCUGUGUGUAAUUUUUUCACGUAUAUCCGGUACAUCCUGCAGGGCUUAGUGAGACAAAAUGCGGAGCAGAUAUUCUGGGAGGUGAUCCGACUUCGUAGAGAGAUGGCUGUCGCUAAGCUGGGUUUCUACCUGACGGACCAGAGCUAAAUGACUUCCCAGCCAGACUGAGUCCUGAUUAGUCACAAGUCUGAGAGUUAGAGAAGUCUAAUUUCAGUUCAGGACCAGGUUGUACAUCAUUAGUGAAGGGAAGCAGGAAAUGUGCCACAUUUUGGGAAUGUGAUGAGAAAAUCAAACCACCUGUUUGAUUACGACCUGAAAAUAAUUAUGGGAUUAUUGCUGUGGUAUUCCCCCUGUUAUCGCCACUUUUGGGCUCCAUUAGGAAAUGGGAAGGAUAUUAUCUUCUAAAGAAAUGUUCUGCAGAACUUCUUAUUGGAGCUCAAUAGAUGUAUUGAUAUAGAGUGACCUAACAGACCAGAACCACUCCACGGAGUUUGUCUCUUACUUGAAAAAUUCAGCAACAUUUGUUUCUCACAGAAAUAUAAAGCUCAACUCCUGCCUGCAUUCAGGUGACAUACAAUUCAACACGUCUUCGCAGUCUCUCGCGUGUGCAUGCUCUUCCUGCUCUGCAUGAUAAUAACAUCAUAAACUAGUCACCUUCAGCCUCUUGCAGCUCCAUGUGAUUCCUUUAUUUAAUCAGAUAUAUUCUCAUUAAUCACACCUUUACUCUCAGCAGUCACAGCUUUACAUUGUACAGAGGAUAAGAGCUUUAUUACAGUUAAUUACAUUGCUUCAAAUGUACAUUUGCACUCUUCAAUGAACAGUACAAUAAACAAGCCAUAAAUUACAUAGCCAUAUUAGACAAUGAUUUACCUCAGAGUGUAAAUUUCUUAUAGUAGCCCACUUUUGUUUUGAAUAAAACAUGAAUCAUUUACUGUGCAAUAUUUGCUUCUUAGCCAAAUUAUUGUUUUUUGUAAGUCAAUGUAAUGAUGAGUAACAAUGGAAACACUCCAAUAAACAUAAAGCACUGUUGCUUAAAUGUG